CCGAACAACUUAAGCGCAGCAUAACCGAGGUGGUCCCGCACCAAGACAACCAGUAUCCAGUGGAUUAUAUGCCAUAUCAACUAGAAGAGCGAAAAGACCAAGCAACUACAAAAAUCAGGAUCGUGUUUGAUGCCGCCUCUAGGCAAAACGGAAAACUUUUCCUCGCCGAAGUGCUACUUGGAAGACCAAUACUACUGCUCCUCAUAACAAGCAUUCUACUCCGAUUUCGCUGUUACAGCACUGUGGUUGUUGAAGAUACCAAAAAAGCAUCUCUAAACAUUGACCUGCAAACACCUGACUAUAUUCUCCUUAGAGUCAUAAGCAAUUCUUUCAUCCUUACGAAAGUUAUUAAUACCCAUCUCAAAAGAUAUCCAAGCUCGCUAACUGAGGAACUCAUUAGGAAUACUUAUGCUGACAAUAUUCUACUUUAUGCUAAUUCUGCAAACAAAGUAGAAGAGAAAGCUUAAAG